CGCAAUUUGAUGAAUAGUGUUGCUGUCAAAAGCGAUAGAAACAGAAGAAGGCAUGUUGAUCGACAGACAGCUGUGACAGAGGAGAGGAAGAGGAGCUGCGGCGUGUCUCCUCCUCACGGAUACAUGUAGUGACUGAGCUGCGGAGCUGGAUGUCGGGGAGAGUUUGCUCAACUAUUGCCGUCACCGAGCCGUCCCGGGCUUAAUGUUGUGUCGCUCUGCCUUUUUUCUGAAGAGCAAUGGAGACCAAAACAUGUCCAGUCUGAGUGCGGUUUUACCACUCUAAAAGCGUGUCGAGGUCCAUGUGAAUAUUGUUCGCAGCUUCUCAAAGUUCGGCGCAGGAGGAAAAGCGUUUGGCUCGACAAGGAGCCUCUGAGGGCAGCAAUGGUGAACAGCCAAGCGCCAGGCGUACCGCCGGCCCCCAGGUCGUGUGCAGGAUGCGGGGGGAAGAUUGCCGACCGCUUCCUGCUCUUCUCCAUGGAACGCUACUGGCACACUCGCUGCCUCAAGUGCUCUUGCUGCCAAGCCCAGCUGGGGGACAUUGGCACCACCUGCUACAGCAAAGGGGGAAUGAUUCUGUGUCGGAGUGACUACAUCAGACUGUUCGGGCACAGCGGGGCGUGCAGCGCCUGCGGCCAGUCGAUCCCAGCCAACGAAAUGGUGAUGAGGGCACAGGGAAAUGUUUACCACCUCAAGUGUUUCAGCUGCGCCACCUGUAGAAACAGACUGAUGCCUGGCGAUCGCUUCCAUUACAUCAAUGGUACAAUCUUCUGCGAGCAUGACAGACCCGGCGCUGCCUUGCUCAGCAGCCACCUGCCUCCCCUUCAGAGCAGCUCGGUGCUGACAGACCAGAAGGUAUGCUGAGUGGCAGGAGUGCUGUGUGUUGCCCUCGCCUUUCCUCCCAAACUUCACUUCUCUUCGGUGCACUAUCUCCUGCUACUGUCGCUAUCGUUGUGGAUUCUCAUCACUGCCCUGCCUCUCUUCCCCAGAGAAUAUACAGUUUCUCACCAAGUAUCCUGUCCGUCACUGCAUCAGAGACUUUAUAUACUGCGUACAAAGUCACAUUUAUGUUGUGUUUAAUGUUAGAGUGGUCUGUACAUCAUGCAAAGACUUACAGUACGUGUGGACUGCACUGGCAAGAGGCUUUGUCGGGACAGAGAAAGCUGGACGGCGACAAUGACGAUGAAAGCCUCCGCCACUGGAAGAGGGAACAAAGGAUGGAUGGAUGGAAGGUGUUGAUGGACUGCUGUAAAAUGACUUAAAGCAUUGCUUAUGCCAUGUGGCAUUAUUCCCCCUGAGCGUCAGUGCUCUUAAUGAACUCUUGAUCUCUCUCUUGUGUAUGUUAAUCUGAACACUCAAGGAAAACAAAAAUCAAACGUUGCUGUCAGGUAUGAUAAGUAAUUUUUAGACACCCACAACACAACUGAAAUGAUCCAGUGAAGGUUUUUUUUUUCUUCUGUGGAGUUUUAUUUCUUUAUCAGCUUCCUGUUCAAUGUGUGAAAAAUAUAGUGCAGUUAAAAACACAAAUCCUAUUAAAACGAUUUUCCUGUAACAUGUCA